CAGGACCUGGCUGGACCCCUCCUCCACCCGCCCCUCCCCCCUCUGACCCUCCCCGAUGACCCCGAUGACCUUGAUGACCACUCCAAUGACCCCGAUGACCUCAAUGACCUUUCCCCUUCCAGGACCUGGCUGGACCCCUCCUCCGCCCGCCCCUCCCCCUCCUUCCUCCGCGCCGUCCGCGCCCUCCCGCCGUCCUUCACCGCGUCCAGCGCCGCGUCCUACGCCGGACUCCUGGCGACCUUCGGCACCCACGCCGUGCGCGCGGCGCGAUCCGGCGGCCGCCUGCGCGCCGCCACCGCCGUGCGCCUGUGCCGCGCCGCCAUGGCCGGCAUCGGCGCCCAGGAGGCCUCGGAUUGUCUCCGUCUGGAGGCCACCUUCUCUCCGGCCACCGCGGCGGCGCUGACCGCGUGCCGGACGUCCGGCGCGGCCACGGAGGGGAACGUCAGUUUUGGGGAGUUUUUUGAUCAAAGGUUGUUGGAGGUGGAGGGUGGCGCCCAACGUGGGGGCGAUUUGGCGUUCGGCCGGCCGGCGGCGUUCUCGCGGUGGCUGCGCGGCGUCCCCGAGGCGCCGGCGAUGGUCGAGGCCGACCUUUGGCCGCUCCACGCCCUCGUGCCGCGCGGGGACCCGCGGCGACGGGCGCUGCGCGCGGCCACCAGGAGCUACGUGGAGGCCAGAGCCUUGAGGGUCAACUGCAGCUGUGAGGGUCACGGCGGUGGUGGUGGGGGUGGUGUGGUCAGUCACGUGGAAAGUGGAGUGGUCAGCGCGGUGGUCAGCGGGAAGGUCAUCCUGCUGGUCAGCGGAAUGGACAAUGGGGUGGUCAGCGUGGUGGUCAGCAGGAUGGACAGUGGGGUGGAAAGAGGGGUGGUCAGCGGGAUGGUCAGCGGGGUGGUCAGCAAGGUGGUCAUCCUGCCGGUCAGCAGACUGGACAGUGGGGUGGUCAGCACGGUGGUCAGUGGGAUGGACAGCAGAAUGGUCAGCAGGAUGGACACCAGGAUGGACAGAAGGAUGGUCAGCGUGGUGGUCAGCAGGAUGGACAGAGGGGUGGUCAGCAGGAUGGACAAUGGGAUGGUCAUCCUGCCGGUCAGCGGAGUGGACAGAGGAGUGGUCAGCAGGAUGGACAGAGGGGUGGUCAGUGGGAUGGUCAUCCUGCUGGUCAACGUAGUGGUCAUCCUGCCGGAUGACCACUCCAAUGACCUCAAUGACCACUCCAAUGACCUUAAUGACCGCUCCAAUGACCCCAAUUACCACUCCAAUGACCCUGAUGACCUCAAUGACCGCUCCAAUGACCCUGAUGACCUCAAUGACCACUCCAAUGACCCUGACGACCCCGACGACCUCAAUGACCGCUCCAAUGACCCCGAUGACCCUGAUGACCCCAAUGACCCCGAUGACCAUUCAAAUGACCCCGACGACCUCGAUGACCUCGAUGACCUCCCCGCCGCCCACCCGCCCGUUCCACCUCCCCCACCCCACCCCUGCCACUGCGCCUGCUCGGCCACGCCGCUGCCGCUGACCGGCUCCCCGUGCUGCCCCUCCGGCCGCGGCCUGGCCCACCUUUGGGUGCUGGUGCGCUCCGGCCGCGGCUGGAGCGGCGACGCGCUGACCGCCACCGACGCCUACGUCUGGGUCACCUUCUCCGGCCGCCGCGCCCGCACCGCCACCGCCUGGAACACCGAGCGGCCGCGCUGGGGUCAGCGCCUGGACUUCGGACAGGUCCGGCUGCGGCCGGACGCGGCGUUGGAGAUGGAGGUGUGGGAUGAAGACCACGGUUGGGACGACGACGCGUUGGGGUCGUGCCGAGAGGCGCUGACCGCCACCGACGGCGGCGUGGUGGAACGUUCGUGUUUCGCCGGAAACGGACGGUUGGACUUUGCGGUCAGCGCAACCUGCGGACCGGCCUUGGCCGGACCGUGGUGUCACCGCUACCAACCGGCGCCGCCGCCCGGAGGGGCCGGACUGACCAACGGGGUCCCGUGGCCACCACAAGGACGGGACUGGACAUGGUUGGUGGACAACAACGACGAUGAGGAGGAUGAGGAUGAGGAAGGCUUGGAGGGGACGCAGCUCCUCCAUCGUUUCUGGGACGUUCCGGAAGGUUCCGGGCGGGGAAAUGAGGAGGAUGAGGAGGGUUUGGGGUCUCCUGAGGGGUCCCAGUUUGGACCAGUUGGGUUUGAGGAAGAGGAGGAUGAAGGUCAUGGAAAACGCAGAAAAAACCUCAAAAAUGCCACCAAAAAUGCCACAUUUGGGGCCGCCCGUGAGGGUUCCCAAAAGGGGUUUUCGAAAAUGCCCAAAAAUCGCAAACUUGACCCAAUUUUGGGGUCUCCUGGAGAGUCCCGGUUUGGACCAGUUGGGUUUGAGGAAGAUGAGGAUGAAGGUCACGGAAAACCCAGAAAAAAACCCAAAAAUGUCACAUUUGGGGUCGCCCACAAGGGUUCCGAAAAGGGUUUUUGGAAAACACCCAAAAAUCGCAAAUCUGACCCCAAAAAUGCCACGUUUGGGGUUGACCACAAAGGUUCCAAAAAGGGUUUUUGGAAAACGCCCAAAAAUCGCAAAUCCGACCCAAUUUUGGGGUCUCCUGGAGGGUCCCAGUUUGGGCCGGUUGGGUUUGAGGAAGAUGAGGAUGAAGGUCACGGAAAACGCGGAAAAAACCCCAAAAAUGCCAAGUUUGGGGCUGACCACAAAGGUUCCAAAAAGGGGUUUUGGAAAAUGCCCAAAAAUCACAAAUCUGACCCCAAAAAUGCCACAUUUGGGGUCACUCAUGAGGGUUCCAAAAAGGGGUUUUGGAAAACGCCCAAAAAUCGCAAAUCUGACCCAAUUUUGGGGUCUCCUGGAGGGUCCCGGUUUGGGUCAGUUGGGUUUGAGGAAGAUGAGGAUGAAGGUCCCAGAAAACCCAGAAAAAACCCAAAAAAUGCCACCAAAAAUGUCACAUUUGGGGUCGCCCACAAAGGUUCCCAAAAGGGUUUUUACAAAAUGCCCAAAAAUCGCAAAUCCGACCCCAUUUUGGGGUCUCCUGGAGGGUCCUGGGUUGGGCCAGUUGGGUUUGAGGAAGAUGAGGAUGAAGGUCACGGAAAAAACCCCAAAAAUGUCACGUUUGGGGUUGACCACAAAGGUUCCGAAAAGGGUUUUUGGAAAACACCCAAAAAUCCCAAAUCCGACCCAAUUUUGGGGUCUCCUGAGGGAUCCCGGGUUGGGCCGGUUGGGUUUGAGGAAGAUGAGGAUGAAGGUCACGGAAAACGCGGAAAAAACCCCAAAAAUGCCACCAAAAAUGCCACAUUUGGGGUUGACCACAAGGGUUCCGAAAAGGGUUUUUGGAAAAUGCCCAAAAAUCGCAAACCCGACCCCAUUUUGGGGUCUCCUGGAGGGUCCCAGUUUGGCCCAGUUUGGUCCCAGUUUGGCCCAGUUGGGCCCCAGUUUGAGGAGGAUGAUGAAGGUCCCAAAAAAUCCAAAAACCCCAAAUUUGGGCCUUUCUGGGAAGGUUCCAAAAACGGUUUUGGGAAAAACCCCAAAAACCCCAAAUCCGACCCAUUUUUGGGCUCUCCCAAAACCCGGAGGAGGUCCCAGUUUGGACCAGUUUGGUCCCAGUUUGGCCCAGUUCGGCCCCAGUUUGAGGAGGAUGAUGAAGGUCCCAAAAAAGCCAAAACCCCCAAAUUUGGGCCUUUCUGGGACGGUUCCAAAACGGGUUUUUGGAAAAACCCCAAAAACCCCAAAUCCGCCCCAUUUUUGGGCUCUCCCAAACCCCAGAGGAGGUCCCAGUUUGGCCCAGUUUGGUCCCAGUUUGACCCAGUUUGGUCCCAGUUUGGUGAUGAUGAUGAUGAUGAGGAUGAAGAACUCAGCGACGCCGAAUUUCGCCGACUUUGGGACCUUUCCGAGGACGACCCCGAAAACCCCAAAUUUGACCCAAUUUGGGGCCCCCCCUGAGCGGUCCCAGUUUGGCCCAGUUCGGUCCCAGUUUGGCCCAGUUCGGUCCCAGUUUGGGGAGGAGGAGGAGGAGGAUGAAGGCUCCGAGUUGGGGUGGGGGAGGGGUCCCCGAAAUUU